AUGUUAUCUGUGGGCAAUGAAGGACAGGGGGUCCUGAAGUCAUCACACUCUCACACUGAACACAAGCCUGCAGAGUGUAUCCAGAUAGCUGAGUGCGGCAGCCAGACUUUUCAGCCCCUGACACACAGCAUCGGAGCUCAAGUCAGACCCAGUGAGACUGUAACAAAAAACACAUGUGGCCCAGAGGUGCCCACAAGGCAAGCUGCGGCUGGACAUGAGCCAAGGCAUGAGAAUGUGGGUUCCAGCAACAGAGUAGAAACGGUACAGGGCAAAGUGAUGGUGGAGAAGAAUUUAGAACAUUCUGCCAUGUCCAACCUGUCCACGGAUAUAUUCGACACCGAGGAGCUCUGGACUCUUCAAUCCCAAUCUUGUGACACCUUGACAACCAGUGAGUUGGGAAGCUCCAAAAUGAUAAAUGUCAGUAUGAGUAAGGUAGAAACUGGCCUGACCACUGAACAUCCCUCGCCAAAAAUACUGGUUCCCCAAGAUUCUAAGCUAUCAGAGCUGAAAAGACAGCUUCUGAGUGAGUUAAAGUUUAAAUUGGAGAGUGAGGAGCAUAACCAGGCUCAAAGAUGUCCCACUGACAUGCCCCUUACUUCAGAUAGCUUGACUUCCAAGGCUUCCCUGACUCCGUCCCAGAGUGUCUGCAGUGGGGACAUGGACGCGUCCCAGGUGCUGCAUGUUCAAUUGGAGGACAGCAGAAUUAGCACGGGGCAGCAGCAGGAGUCCUGGGACUCUAAGCUGGCCUUCUGUAAGUGCCGGGCUAAGAAUUUCCCACAAAGAGAAAGUGAAAGGAAAGUGAGACCUCAGGAUUCCCAAGCAAGAAAGUGUGGAAGUGAGGACUCAGGAGUAGGGACAUCUGUAGGCAGAAAGGAGAGCUACCGUGUUGAGGACAGAAAAUUAGAGAGGGCUUCCCCAUCUCUGUCACAGAAUGAACAGUUUCCUCCUGAAAGUUACUUCAGAAAAAAGAUGAGGCACUUUUUUCAGUGGAUCAAUUCCAAGAAAAAAAUCACAGGGCAGCAGGAAAGUCCCCAGCAAAAAGGCAAGUUCAUGUCAACCUUAGUGCAGCACCAAGACCCCGUUCAAAGUGUGACUACUUUUGUGAGUGAUGGGCCUCCUGAAGCUCACAAGCUCAUGACUACCACUGGGAAGGUCCUAGAAGAGAAGCUGGCAUGUAGGUAUGGACCUGAGGCCUCAGCAUUAAGCCAGCAGCAGGAGGAACUACAGGCCCAGGUAGGGCCUGACAAGAGAUAUUCCUCCAACUGUUGGGCUCUCUCUGACCCACAACAAAAGAAACGGGCAAGUAUCAAGUCCUGCAGCCAUGAAGCCGUCUGUGCUGGCCAGAACCGUCUUAGAAGUGUCAGACAGAACAGACACAGGGUCAGACAUCCCCGAAAAGUUGUGGCCUUCAAGGACCAGCUUGAACAUCAGAGAGAAUUGGUCACCCAGUUGAUGGAAAAGCCAGUACUAGGGAUCUUCCAGCAUGAAGUUCUGAGCUUCUGGUCUCAGGGGUUAUUAAUGGUUUUCAUGUUUCCUGACCCCCAAAGAGAAGUUGUGAGGCACCUGUUGCAUAGUCCUGUCCAGACUCCUACGGGUUUUCAGAGGGCAGUAGAGAAAACCUGUAAAGACAUUGGUGCCAAGCAUGAAAAGGAAAAGAGAUCACCUGGCAAUUCACAAAUGCAGCAGGACACCUGUCCUGUGUACACGUGUAACUCUCGGCCUGCAGAGGGCUUUUCCCUAGAACAGCACCAUGAGGCCCUUAAGGACAGAGACCAGGACUUACAGAUGUUUGUGUCUCUUGGCUUCCAAAAGAAAAUAUUAAAGGAAAAUGUGGCUGGGACUGCAUGUCAGGAUGAGGAGGAAGUGGUGCUCUCGGCAGAUUUGAUCUUCCGGGCAGACUACAGAUGCUCCCAGAGAGAAGAUGAGGAAGUCCGGAAGCUGAUGUCUGUUUUAAGAAGCCCCCUAGGCCGGCAUCAUGAUACCAUCCACUUUCGUCAACUGCUAUGUCCAGACCCCUCCUGUGAGGUGUGUAAUAGGACAACUGCUGAGAUCAAUCGGCUGCUGUUCCCAGAGGCCCUGGAAGAUGCUACUCCCUUGGCUUCCACAGCCUCUGUGACUUCCUCAUCGUUCACUCUCUCCCCUGACUCCUCAGCAGGCCCUCCAGGAGACCUAAUAUCAGCUUCUCUGCCUGAGCCUUCCCCACCACCUGCCUCCAUCUUCUCACCUAACCCAGUGACCCCCUUGGCUGACUUUUUUCCACCCUCACCACCGGGUGAUUCUUUGCCACCAGAGUCUUUUCCUCCCUUGGAUUCCGAAUUCCCAAAGGACAAUUUCCCACCCCAGUCCCUUGCCUUUCCUCCAAUCCCACCAAAUGAUGCUCAGACAGUGGAUCCUGCUGUCCAUCCAGAGGCCACUUUGUCUCUAAAUACUGAGACCUUUGCUUGUCCUAAUGCACCACCAACCCUGUCUGGUUCACCACCGCCAGACUGCAGUUUAACUAUGACUCAAUCUAAAUCGAUUUCCAUCUCAAUGACGCCUGUUCCAGAGAUCUCAUCUCCAGAUAGCUCUGGUGGGUUGCCUACUUAUGUCCCGACAAUCAUGGGCAUUAAUGCUCCCAGAUUGUCAAUUUUAGACUUCCCUUGGUGGCAAACUCAUGCCAAAGACUUCCUCCCUUCAAAUUUGGCUCCAUAUAAUGUCCAUCACGAGUUGCUGGCCCUCCAUUCUUCAGAGGCUUCUUCCAGGGGAGACCCUGCAGCCAAGCUUGUGGAGCCUGCUAACCUCUCACUUCUCAGCCCUGAUGUCCUGGCACUCCUAGAGAAACAAGUCCAAAAGAGGAGUGACUUCUGGAUGUGGAAGGAAAGGAAAAAGGGUUCUGUUCCAAAACAAACAACUGCUGAUAAACAUGACUUGGCAGUCCCCCUUCCUUUCUGGAGCAGCAAAGACCAAUCAAGGGAGCUGUAUGUACAUUGGCAGCCCCCAUAUCCUACAACCACCUUAAAGGAGGGCCAUUUACAGCAAACCCCUAUCCAGCUCUUCUGGGGUCUCCCAACUCUGCAUAGUGAGUCCUUGUUCUCUGCUGCCCAUGUCUUGGAUAGUUAUUCUUCCAUCUUCAUUUUUAACAGAAUCUCGAAUGCCUCCACAGAGCAGGAAUCCCCAGUAGUUCCCCAUCCUCUUCCUCUGUGCUUGCCUGAGAACCAGCCCCAACCCCAGCCCCUACCUAUCCCUCAGGUCCAGCCCCAGGCCCACCUUCAGUCCCCACUCCCAAUCCUGCCAUCUGGUCCUCUAACCCAGAUUAAGGUCUGUGGAGUGUGUUUUCACAGACCUGAGAAGGAAUCAGAAUGUCUCCUGUCAACUGAAAUGCAACAGCUGGAAUGGAACAUGUUGCAGAAGGAACAGGAAACUGUGUGGGGUUUACCCGCUGUUGUCCAAAGAUCCCAGGAGGACUUCUGUCCUUCAGCUCCUAACCCUUCUCUUAAUCACCGGGCCUCCCAGGCCCGUGUUGCAAUCUCUAUCCUUCCUGGGCAGUUUCCUCUCACUGAUGAGCUUCGAACAAAACUAGAGCGUCACCUUCGAAAGAGGCUCAUCCAACACCGGUGGGGCCUGUGCCGCAGGAUCUGUAAGUCUCUAUCACUGAUGAGUCCAAGUAUUUUUUCAGAGACCCCUAAUUUGCAGCGCUAUCAUGGACGCACAUGGAUCUCUAAGAGUGAGAGUAAAUUGAGCGAAUCUGAAAGCUCUGAGGGGGACUCAGAAAUGAUUCAGCUAGAGGAUGAUGACCUGGAGAAGGACAACGAUGACCUGGAGAAGGAUCAGGGACCCAACCCAGAGAAUGGCCCAAAAGAUUAUCUGUUGAGUGACCCAGAGAGCUCUUCAGGUAAUGUUAUGGGGUAUGAUUCUGAAAAAGAACUUAGGAGCCCAUCAGAGAAAAACUCAACAGUGUCUGUGGAGACUUUAGGUCAGAGACAACUUGAAAAUGUCUUGAAAAUACAUUUGAGCAAAAAGUUUGAGGAAAUCAAUGAGGGUCAGCUCCCCGGGACUGUGCACAAUUCAUGGCAUAGUAUGAAGCAGACAUCGCUUCUUUCUGAGAACUCCCACACUGAAAUAAAACAGAGAAGUUUGCCACCAUCAGAGGUUCAGGACUACUCCCUGAAUACCUUCCAGGAGCUUCCCUUUAUUAAAUCUAGUGCACAACAGAUGCUGGAAGCCCAUAUUAAAAAGUUUCAUAUGAGGAUGACGUGGGGCCUUCCCCCCAGGGUCCUUGAAUCCAUAGAGCUCUUUAAACUGAUAAAGGACACAUCCCAUUCUAGCUUUUCCUCCUCAACCAACCUGAUUUCUGAGGUAAAUUCCAAACCGGGGGGCUUCAACUCCCUUAGAGGCAGCUCUAAAUCUCUCCAUGGAGACAAAGUGGGAACAGCAAAUUCAGCCCCCAUCCUGGAUCAUCCUCUCCCUGCCGCCUCAACUGUGGGCAAGGAAGAACAGAGAAUUCCGAGGCAAUCACCCUCUGCUUUCAACCAUGAGUUUGUAGAGGAUGUUCAGAAGAUUAAGGAUGGCACACAGACUCUUACACCCAACAAACAUGACACCAGAGGCAACAGAUGGCCCCCAAAGCUGCCUGCAAGGCAAGCUGGGGCCAGACAUGAGCCAAAGGAUAAGAGUGCAAAUUCUAGAGGUAGAGGAGGAAUGCAACAGGGCAAAGAGAAGAAUCUAGAACCUGUCAUUGUGCCCACAGUGUCCAGGGAGAUAUUCAGGGCCAAGCAACUUGAUGCUCAUCAAUCACAAUCUAAUACCUUGACAACCAGCACGCCAGUAAGCUCCCAAAUCAUAAAGGUGAAUGAUAAUAAAGUCAAAACUACCAUCCCCAUUAAAAGCCCCCCACCAAACCUAUCAAUUCCCCAAGAUCCUAAAUCCUCAAGCCUUAAAGAACAACUGUUGUGUGAGUUAAAGAUUAAACUGGAAAAAAGAGAGCGUAGCCGGGCCCAAGCCCAACGCACUGGCCUGCCCCCUGCCUCAGAGAGUUUGACUUACAAGGCCUCACUGACUCAUGCCCAGGGUGUCUCCAGUGGGGACAUGGGAGCUUCUCAGGUGCUGCAUGUCCAUCCAGAGGACACAGGAAUUAGUAUGGAACAACAGCAGAAGCCUUGGGUCCCUAGGCAUGUCUUAAGGAAGUGCCAGAAUAAGAAUCUCCCACCAGCUGCGGUGACCAUGAGCCCUCCGGGCUCCAAGGCACAAGAGCUUGGUGGAGGGGAUGCAGGACUGGGGACAUCCCAACUUAAAAGGAACAGUUUCCCUACUGAGGAUGUGGCAUUGAAGAAGAGGUUCCCUACUCAGGACGUGCUACUGAAGGAAAAGCUGGGAAGCAAGCCUUCCCAGACCCUAUCACAGAAGGGUCAGCCGCCUCCUGAAAGCCUUUCCCAGAAGGGUCAGCCUCCUUCUGAAAGCCCUUUCAGAAAAAAAAUGAAGCAUUUUUUGCAAUGGCUUAAUCCAGGGAUAAAAUGCAAGAGGCAAGAAAACUCCCAGGAGAAGCGCAGCCCUCUAUCAUCUGUGGAAAGCAGAGGCCUACUUAAAGGUAGAACUGCCUUUACUGGGACAACCAAAGCUCAGAAAUCCAUGACAGACGUUGGGGAGUUCCUAAAAGAGAAAGUGGGGCGUUGGCAUGCAAUAGAUAGCACCUGCCCUCAACAGCCCAUUCCCUCCCCAACCAAGUAUGGGAAAACUCAGCAGGAAGCACAAGUGCAGGCCCAGGCACAGCCUGUCCAGGGGUAUCCUUUCAACUACAGGGCUCCCUCCUGUAAGGUGACAAAUACCAAGUCCUGCCACCAACAAGCUGUCUUUGCUGGCCAAGGCCAUCCUGGAAGUAUUAGACAGAUCAGAGACAAGGACAGACAGCCACAGAAAGCUGUGGCAUUUAAGGACCAGCGACUGCAUAACAAGUAUCCCCUAUCCACGCCCCACAGGGAGCCUGCACCCCACCCACACGCCACCUGCAGGCAUCAAGCUGGCCGGGGGCCUCCGGCCACUCACCACUGCCCAAGGCACUGUGUUCAGAGAUCUGACUCUACUAUUUAG